AUGAAUGAUGUCCUACAGAUCACAUUUAUAGUCAUUCUGAGUGUGGAAUUUAUAAUUGGAAACUUUGGCAAUGGAUUCAUAGCAGUGGUCAACAUCAUGGACUUGGUCAAGAGAAGAAAGAUCUCUUCAGUGGAUCCAAUCCUCACUGCUCUGGCCAUCUCCAGAAUUGCACUGCUGUGGUUACUAUCAGUGAGUUGGUGCCUAUUUAUGAUCUACCCAGGAAAAUGGAUGACAGAGAGAAUUGUUAGGAUAAUACUCAGUGUAGGGACAACAUUCAACCAUAUUAGUCUCUGGUUUGCUACAAGUCUCAGCAUCUUUUGUUUUUUCAAAGUAGCAAAUUUUUCCAACCAUAUUUUCCUUUAUUUAAAGAUCAGAGUUAAAAAAGUUAUGGCAGGGACAUUUAUAAUUUCUUUGACUCUCUUGUGUUUAAAUAUUAUACUUAUAAAUGCAUCUGAGAAUAUUUUAAUCAAUGAAUAUAAUAUAACUAUGUCUAACAGCUUGAUCUUGAAUAACGCACAGCUUUCUAUGCUGUUUCCAUUUGCCAACACCAUGUUUGUGUUCAUACCUUUUGCUGUGUCACUGGUCACACUUAUCCUGCUAUUCUUCUCCCUAUGGAAACAUCAGAGGAAGAUGCAACGCAGUGCCCAUAGAUGCAGGGAUGCCAGCAUGAAGGCCCACAUCAGAGCUUUGCAGACACUAAUUGCCUCCAUCUUCCUGUAUUCCAUUUUCUUUCUGUACCUAUUUAUCAAGGUUUGGAGUUCUCUGCUUCUGAAGAGAACACUGCUGCUUUUGAUCAAACAGGCUGUAAGAAUUGCUUUUCCCUCCAUGCACUCCUGGGUCCUGAUUCUGGGCAAUGCUAAACUGAGAAAGGCUCUCUCUCUGUACUCCUGUGGCUGA